AUGUCCUUCCUCACCUCCGUUCGGGCUAGCUCCCGUCGCGUUGUGCCAUCGAGCUAUGCUCUUCCCUCCAUGUCUAAAUUCCACACCUCGGCGCCACGAUGCACUCUCAAAGAAAGCGAUAAGAACCGUGACGACCUCUCAGGUCACUACGAGACCCAGAAAGACCAACAGUUGAAGAGCCAGAAAGCCGGACAAGGAAAAUGGAACGCUGAAUUAGCGAGUAACAGUGAAGCGGAUGUCAAGGCGGAUCGAGGAGAAGUCGAAUCCUCGGAUAAGGCUUUCCAGGAGUUGCAACAGAAAACCAAGCGUAUCCCCGAACAAAAGUGA